AUCAACGUCAUCGUUUUUGGAAUGAGAACUCUCCCCUCUCUGCUACUCUACUGUAGACAGAAGGGAAUGCAUUCACUUACGCACACACACACACACACACACAUUCAUAGACGUCUGGACCUGUUAUCCGUGUGUGGUUGCUCAUUAACUUGCGGGUUAAACAGAUUAAUUAUUGCUGCAGCAGUGAGAUCAGGAUUGUGUCGUUUCCACCUUCUAAAGCCUUAAAAAAAAUGCUACCGCACACCACGAACAAGGAGUCAGCAAAGCACCACGAAAUCCCUCAAUGGAGGCAGGAGAGGCUGAAGCGCUCCGAGAACAUGAAGGAUGAGGACAGGGUUCACCGAUACAAGGGCAUCCUGUACCCCACGGUCAUGUGCGCCCGAGAGAACCUGGAGGCCCUCGGCACCCUGGAGGCCAGACGGGAGGACGUGGUGCUCGUGUCCUACCCCAAGAGUGGAUUUACCUGGAUGGUUGGUGUUCUGCGUAAGAUCAUGACAGCAGCCACAGGAAAGCAAUUCUCAGAAUUUCCUCCACAUAUUGAGUUUUGGUCCCCAGAAAUGCAAAAGGGGGUGGCAAAAGAGGCGUCUCCAAGACUCAUGGCAACUCAUCUGCAUCCUGAUGACAUGCAUCCUUCUUUUAAGGAAAAGAAGGCAAAGGCCCUGGUGGUGUGGAGGAACCCCAAGGACACACUUGUCUCUUUCUAUCACUUCAUGAACAAAAGCCCAGGUUUGCCCAACACUGAGUGGAAUCACUUCUUCACAGACUUCAUGAAAGGAGAAGUGGUCUACGGUUCCUACUUCAGCCACGCUGAAGCCUGGGAGAAGCUCUAUGACGAUCCCAAUGUGAAGAUGAUUACAUAUGAGGAGCUAAAACACGACCUGAGUGGGGGCAUCAGGCAGAUCUCUCAGUUCUAUGGCUUCCCCCUGACUGAGGAGCAGGUCCAGACCAUCUCAGCUCAGAGCACCUUCAGUGCCAUGAAGGAGAGUGCUGGGGCUACCAGGGGCAAAUACAACAGCAACACGUACCGUAAAGGUGAGGUGGGUGACUGGAAGAACCACUUCAGUGAGGCCCAGAGCCAGCAGAUGGACGAGGAGUUCAACAAGAGACUAGCAGGAACCAAACUGGGAGCCAAACUCAAAUACGACACCUACUGCAAGUAGGGAGACAUUGGAUGGAUGUGUUAACAGCAGACAUUUGGACAGUAUUUCUGAUAAUGAUGAGUGCCUUUCAGACUAUGUAUUAGCAAUAUGAAUCUAUAGGUAUUUAAAGGAGGUCCACUCUCCAAAAGUCUUUUAAUUUAUAUUUGCUUUAUAUUAUUUUUCAACAACAGGGGCCUUGUGCUGCUGC